UUAUGUGAAAGAAAAGCAUAACCCAAUUUUGGGUAAUUUCUGCGAAUCGUGUAAAUAUCUGCUUCCUAAACAAAUUUUGUUUGAUGUUUUUUUUACGUUUUCCAAUGAAAUAACAAAGUUACUUGUAGUUGCAGUGUUUACAAAAUAAGCCGUCUUCACGGAUAUAAACGAGUAGAUCUGGGCAACAAAUGCGUUAGAAGCAUAGAUUCGCAAAUAAAUAAAAUUUAAAUGGAAAAUAAAUAAAAUAAAUAAAUAAAAUUUAAAUAAAUAGAUGGAGGAAGAUUUCAGCUAUUAUGUGUAUAUAACAUUAACAUUGCUACCGGUUUACUUGGCAUUCAAAUUGGUCCAGUGGAUGGGCUGGGAGCUUUUUGUUAACAACUGACUAGAUAUCAGAGAUAAAUGAUUUGAAGACAAUUAGGCUUGAGCCGGUGUUCACUUUUAAAACUCGUGUAUAAAAUUUAUAUGAAUAAUAAGAUAAAUUCCAAUGUAAAUUAUCAUGUAGACGUUAGUAGCCACUCAAAGCGGUUGAUGAAGGGAAGUGAGCUCGCAACAGCUGGCAGCGGUCUCGAUCAAUUGCUAUUGCACGACGUUUCAUCAUAAUCUCUUUCUCUAAUUCACCACGACGAGCCAUGAGUUCAUUCUUCACUUCUUCUUCUUGUUUUAACUGUGCUUUCAUCGCUGAAAGUCCUUCUUCGACUGAUUUUACUUCACCGACUAGCAAUAUUUGUGAUUGAUCACGACAAUUUUCUACCCGUGGCCUCUGAUUACGAUUAUCUAAUCGAGUUUGGACAACUUUCAUUGCAUGAUCCAUGUUUCGUAUAGCGAUUUUCAGUUUCUCUAUUUGGAUUUCCGUAUCGGCUAAACGCUGCAAAGUCUGUUCCAAAAAAAAAUUUUAUAAAAUUUAUUACUACACACAGAUGCUUCAGUACGUACGGUUCUCAAAUCAAUCUCGAGCUUUUGUCGUAUUUCUUCCAUGCAAGCGAUUCGAUCUGCCAAGGCGCGCUCAACAUUAUCCGCUUGAGUGCGAAGGUCACGUGCAGCGUUCAUGAGAAUAGCAUCCAAUGUAGCACGAAGCUGUUCUGAUUGUUUUUGACAACAUGCACACAUUUCCAAUGUUUCUCUGCUAAACUUC